AUGUCGCCAGCUGAUUCAGAACCAGCUUCCCGUACGGAGAACUUGGAUCAGAGCCCGACGAACCCGUUGGGCACCUUCUCUAACGCCGCGAGCGACACUUCAAAGUCUCUGAACGAGAAUCAACAGCGAAAACGGCCUGCUUCUGUCGCCGGCAUCGUUCACGUACGUCGAAUUCCCCCGGGAUUGAGUGUCGCUGAACUCAGACGCAUUCUUGAAAGGUAUGGACGCAUAGGACGCGUGUACUUGCGCAAAGAGCAGGAAAGUGAGCGACGCGAACGCAUCAUGCGUGGCGGCAGUCGUCGUAGGAUGGCGUUGGAAGCUUGGGUCGAGUUCCUGGAUCAGCAGAGGGCCGAGCAGGUGGCGGCUUUACUGAACGCAACCCCCAUGGACCCUCAGCGAAGAAGGAGCCGAUUUCACGGGGAUCUGUGGUGCAUUGAAUACAUCCGUGACCUGCAGUGGCACCAUCUUUCGGACCAGAUGGCAGCCAUGCGAAGAGAGCGCGUCCUCCGCAUCAAGAACGAGGUGCAUGCCUCACGAAGGGAGCGCGAUCACUGGCUCGAGCGUCUGCGCGAGGCUCAUGUUGACGCGGCUAUCCAGCAAAAACGGCAAAAACGAUUACAGCGAAACCCAGGAGACUAUCGCGCGAAGUCAAACGAGUCACGCGAGCGUAGGAUGCCACCGCAGCACCGUCCACGUGCACAGCGUGACAUCGCACCGACCGAGCGUGGGGUGGAAGCGAGCAGCACCUCGCCGGCAGAUUGCGAACCGUGCUUGUCAAGCAAGGAGCCUUCCGUUGAGCGGAUCCUCAGACAGAUCGCAAAUCCGACCUAUACGUAA